UUCGUCCUGUCUAGCUACAUCAUACACUUCUCAACACAGCUUCUUAACCUUUCUUUUUCCAAGAGCAGAAGCAGAGAACAUGGCUCAAUCGGUGACUGUCGAGGCUCAGAUGGAGUUGAAAUCUCCAGCUGAGAAGGUCUAUGAGAUCUUCCGGAGAAAAUCCUACCUCUUGCCAGAAAUCGCCCCUCAUAUGGUUAAGGAUAUAAAGUUGCUCACCGGUGAUUGGGAGUCUGUGGGCUCAGUAAGGCUCUGGACUUAUGUUGCUGGUGAUUGCGAAAGCGGGAAGGAGACUGUGGAAGCUUUCGACGACGAGACAAAGUCCAUCACAUUCAAUUAUUUGGACGGAGUGGCUCUGAAUCUUUACAAGAGCCUGAAGAUGGUCUUCCAGUUCUCUCCGGAGGGUGAACAUUGCGCGGCAAAGGCAGUUCUGACUUACGAGAAGCAAAAUGCGGAUGUUCCCGAUCCCGAUAAGUACAUGGAGUUCACGCGUGGUAUGCUCAUGAGUGUUGACGCCUACCUUCUCAAGGCGUGAAAGAUGAGCUUAAAAUGGCGAAUCGAUAUAUUUCGGAUGGUGAUGUACUGCGUGUGCUAAAGUAUUAGGUGGUGUGAAAAUAAUGAUCCUUUAGAAGCAUCAAAGGAAAAGGAUGUUUAGCUGCUUGUUAAGCGUGUCAUGAUUUGAGAGCUUUCCUCAAUGCAUGGUAUUGUACUCCAAAGUACAUAUAAUAUAAGUAGUACUUUGAUGUGUGUAUAAA